AGAAAUUUUGCAAACUCGUCAAUAUUUUAAAAUUGACAAUGAAUAUCAGAAAUAUUUUAAAAGUGAUUUGUAUUCUAAGUUUAUACAAGAUUAGUAUAGAAGCAAAAUGCAGUAUUAAAGAAAAUGAACCGUUUAGCAUUAAGUGUAACGGUUUCCAGAAUUACUUAGAUCUUGACCAGAAUUCAAGUAUCAAGAAAAUCGAGUAUGAAAAUUUGAAUGCGCCGAUCUUGCCUGCAAUAAAAACUUACGCUAAGGUAAAUACAUUUAUUUGCAAUAAAUGUGGAUUGGAGAUUUUGUAUGGAAAAGAUUUUGAUUAUUUGAAAAAUUUAUUAUAUUUGGAUUUAUCAUACAAUAGCAUAGCAGAACUGGAACCAGUAUUUGCAAACGUAAAUAGCCUGGAUGUGCUGAAUCUUAAAGGUAACAAAAUUAAACAUUUGAGUCGCAGAAUUUUUGCAGAUAUUCAAAAACUUAAUGUCUUGGACUUGAGCGAAAAUAAAAUCCGUAUUUUGCACAAUGCCACAUUCAUGUUACCAGACUUAUCAACACUUAUAUUGAGCGAUAAUGCUAUCUCCGACAUUGAUGAUAAUACUUUUCUUGGAUUAGAAUCGUUGACUGAUCUGUACUUGGCGCGCAAUAAAAUUUAUGAUUUGAGCGAAAAUUGUUUUCGCUACAACAGUCAACUAAAUGUUUUAGAUUUAUCUGGUAACAAAUUGGACGAAGUUCCACUGAAAACGUUUUCCAACUUGCGAAAGUUGCAGUUUCUUUACUUGAAUGGAAAUAAUAUAAGGUCGAUACAAAAACGACUAUUUUAUACCUUGCAUGAUUUACAAUAUUUAGAUAUAAGUGCAAAUAAAAUAUCGAAAUUGUCUGACAGUAUUUUCAGAAAUAAUAUGAAACUAGUCAGUUUAAGUAUGGGUUAUAAUAAAAUAAAUCAAAUAUCUUCUAAAACUUAUCAAGGUUUAGAUAAUUUGAAGCAUUUGUAUUUGCAACAUAACGAAUUGGUUAUUUUGAACGACAGUGUUUUUGAACAACUGACAAAUCUGCAUACCUUGAAUUUAGCUUUCAACAACAUAGAGUCAAUAUCAAGAAAAGCAUUCAAGGGCCUAGAAAAUCUGUCAAUUUUGGUACUGACUGGUAAUCCUAUAUCCAUUCAGGAUGUACCUUUGUUACCUAAAAGACUGAUAGACAUAUAUAUUCAUCAUUGCUCAGAGUCUACAAUUUAUAUACAAGAAUAUUUUGAAAUUUAUCCAAAAUUAAGACAUUUAUACUGCGUGGAAGAAGUUUGGGUCGAAAGGCUUGAUGGUUUAGUAGUAGACAUAAGCGCAGAUUCUGGACAAGCCUUAGAUUCUGCUCAAAGUGAUAAGAAGAUAACAUCAAGAUUUUAUGCUAACGUAUUGACUUCGGUAAAAGUACCAGUUAAAAGGAUUUUUCUACUAGUAAUUAUUGCUGUAGCUGGAUUAGGUACGACUUUAAUAGUAAUGGCUUUGAUUUUCUUUUGCAUCAAAUUAUCCAAGAAAUACGAGAAGGAAAAAACGUUAUGUGAAUUAGAUUACUCUACAUAUAAGGACUAUAAAGAACGCGAGAUGAUGCCUAUGGAUAUCCAACAUGAAUUUUUGGGUAAAUAUGAACCGAGUUUUAACCAUACAGUGGAAUAUGUCAAGAUUAAUGUGAAAUAGAGUACAAAAAUGUA